AUGCUGUUUAAAUCAAUCCUGGCCUCGGCUGUGCUGGCCCUUUCCCUGGGCGUGGACACUGUUGUUGCAUCUAAACACGGACGUCUCGCACAGCUCGCCCGUGAUCCUCUGGAGAGAGCCAAGCGGGCCGUCGAUAAUGGCCAUGCUAAGCCAAUCCGCUCCACAAAGGACUACCGUUUCUUGAACGAGAAGACUAAGAAAAACCUGGUUCAGCACCUUCCCGACGUCCCCUUUGAUAUCGGCGAGAUGUACUCGGGCCUCAUGCCCAUUGACAUGCAUAAUGAGUCGCGGGCGCUUUUCUAUAUCUUCCAACCUACCAUUGGAGAGCCCGUUGACGAAGUCACCAUCUGGAUGAAUGGCGGACCUGGCUGCAGUUCCAUGGAAAGCUUUCUCCAGGAGACUGGGCGCUUCCUUUGGCUGCCAGGUACUUAUGCACCCGUGGAGAACCCAUACUCUUGGGUCAACUUGACCAACGUGCUCUGGGUUGACCAGCCAGUCGGAACCGGCUACUCCAUUGGUACGCCUACUGCCACUACCCAGGAGGAGACUGCACAGGACUUUGUGAAGUUCUUCAAGAACUUCCAACAGACAUAUGGUAUUAAGAACUUCAAGAUCUACGUGACGGGUGAGAGCUAUGCUGGCCGCUACGUCCCAUACAUCUCGGCUGCCAUGCUCGACGAGAAGGACAAGGAGUACUUCGACCUGCAGGGUGCAUUGGCAUAUGAUCCCUGCAUUGGUCAAUUCGAUUACGUCCAGGAGGAAAUUCCCGUUGUUCCCUUCGUGAAGGAGAAUAAGAACCUCUUCAACUUCAACGAGACAUUCAUGGCUGAACUGGAGCACCUCCACCAGUCAUGUGGCUAUGCCGAUUUCAUCGACAAGUACCUGACCUUCCCUCCACCCAAGGAGCAGCCGCCUCUCUUCUUCAACUACACCAGCAUGGCGAGCUGUGAUGUCUUCGACAUGGUAUACAAUGAAAUCUUCAACAUCAACCCCUGCUUCGAUCUGUACGAGGUGAACCUGAUGUGCCCAUUGCAGUGGGAUGUGCUUGCCUUCCCGACUUCACUAGUCUACCAACCCGCCGGUGCGACGGUGUACUUCGACCGAGCGGACGUCAAGAAGGCCCUACACGCACCCAAUGUGACUUGGGCCGAAUGCUCCAACAACCCGGUCUUCGUCGGCGGCAGCUCUGGUCCCGAGCAAGAGGGUGACACCUCGGCGAACCCGAUCGAGCACGUCCUGCCGCAGGUCAUCGAGGCUACAAACCGUGUUCUCAUCGGCAACGGCGACUUCGAUAUGGUCAUCAUCACUAACGGCACCCUGCUGGCCAUCCAGAACAUGACCUGGAACGGCCACCUCGGUUUCCAGGAGAAGCCUUCCACCCCAAUUGAUAUUAAGAUCCCAGAUCUCCAGUACAAGGAUAUCUUUGCGGAGAACGGCGCUUCCUCUCUGGAUGGUGCCCAGGGUAUCAUGGGUGUUCAGCACUAUGAGCGUGGUCUCAUGUGGGUGGAGACCUACCAGUCCGGACACAUGCAGCCGCAGUACCAGCCUCGUGUGGCCUACCGCCACCUGGAAUGGUUGCUGAAGCGCACCGAGGAGAUCUAA